UCUAUUUUGCAUUAAAGUUUGUUUACAAAUACUUUAUUUUUAGCACUUUUAGGACAAAAUAUCAAGUAAAAUUUAAAAUGUAGAUUUUAAAAGCCCUUCAAUUAACAACGCGGGACAAUCAUUUCGAAUUUUGAUUUUGGGUUAUGAAGGAUAUUAGCUUAAAUGUGUUUAUUUGCAUUACAACCAUAAUAUGUGUUUAUUUCCCUCAAGUCAAUGGAGACGCCUCCCAAACCAACGGGCCUUUAUUGUUGUACUCAACUAUGAAGGAUAUACGAAUAGUACGCACAAACAACACGAAAAUCAAACCGCAGAUACUUAUACGUAACAUGACCGAUGGGGCAGCUUUAGAUUUUAAUUAUGCCAAGAAACAGAUUUGUUGGACGGAUCAUGGGCUGGAAAAUAUUCAAUGUGCAACCUUUAAUGGGGUGGAUGUUACUAAUAAGAUUGAGAUUGUUAGUAGCCGUGAUGGUGGUUUGUUAUCACCCGACGGACUUGCCUGUGAUUGGUUCACAAACAAAUUGUACUGGACAGACAGCGAAACUAACCGAAUCGAAGUAGCUACGAGUACAGGACAGUUUAGAAAAGUUCUCUUUUGGAGUGAUAUCGAUCAACCUCGUGCCAUUGCUUUAGUUCCUAUGAAAGGUUUAAUGUUUUGGACCGACUGGGGCGAAGUUCCUAAAAUCGAAAGGGCCGGUAUGAACGGUGAUGUCGCCACGAGAAAGGUUAUCGUAUCCGAGAAUAUAUUUUGGCCGAAUGGUUUAACAAUCGAUUAUAAAGCCGAAUUGAUUUAUUGGAUCGAUGGACGACUUUUGUUUAUCGAUGUCAUGGAUUAUAACGGGGACCAUCGGAGUACAGUAUUGAAGGAUGGGUUCCAGUAUCCGUUUGCACUCACCCAGUUUCAAAAUAAAUUUUAUUGGACAGAUUGGAAAACUUGGUCUGUUCACUUGUACGACCGUAAUACCUCUCAAAAUUCCAAAGAAUUUAUACACUCCGAUUUUGUGCCGAUGGACAUUCACGUCUGGGACCCGCACCGACAGCCCGUAAUUUCGCAUCCCUGUGAAAAAAACAAUGGCGGCUGUUCCCAUCUAUGUUUACUCGCGCCAUACCCACCGGGAUAUUCUUGCGCAUGCCCCAUCGGAACCAAACUAGUCAACAAUUUUAAUUGUACCAACGGACCACAAGAAUUAUUAGUAUUAGCAAGGCGAUCGGAUAUUUGCGUGGUAUUUUUAGAUUCCGCCGAUUACACUUACAAAAUUCUACCUCUCACUAACAUUAAAUAUACAAUAGCCGUAGACUAUGAUCCGAUCGAAGGAUUUAUUUAUUGGACCGACGAUAACGUGAAGAAAAUUAGGAAAGCGCAUUUAAACGGAACGCUACAGACUGACGUCAUCGUAUCUGAAAUUUUUCAUCCCGACGGUAUCGCCGUAGAUUUUGUCGCCCGUAACAUAUAUUGGACGGAUACCGGUACGGAUCGUAUUGAGGUCGCGCAGCUGAACGGCAAAUAUCGGAAUGUUGUCAUUUUCGACGGACUCGCCGAACCGCGUGCCAUCGCCGUCGCGCCUCAGCUGGGUUGGCUGUUUUGGUCCGACUGGUACGAGAAGAAUCCGAAAAUUGAGCGAUCGAAUUUAGAUGGAUCCGAAAGGAAGGUGAUAAUUUCGACGAAGCUCGGUUGGCCGAAUGGAGUUACUUUGGACUUUGAAAAUUUAAAAAUUUACUGGUGUGACGCCAAAACGGAUUUGAUCGAGUAUGCAAACAUGGACGGAACGGACCGUCGGGAGUUGGUGAAUGACAACGUGCCGCAUGUGUUUGGUUUUUCUCUUAUGGGUGAUUAUUUAUAUUGGACUGAUUGGCAGAGGCGCGCCAUUGAUAGGGUUCAUAAAGUGUCGGGUGGCAAUCGUGAGGUUAUUAUUGAUCAAAUCGCUAAUGUCAUGGGAUUGAAGGCUAUUCGGUUGCAAGAGUUCCAUGGGGGUAACACCUGCGGUGUUGACAAUGGCGGCUGCUCUCACUUGUGCUUGUAUCGCCAUAACAAAACGCACGUAUGUGCUUGCCAGAUUAAUUAUGAACUUGCCAGUGAUAAUCGUACCUGUGUGCUUGCCAAUGUGUUUCUCAUCUACGCGCGUAAAAGUAACAUCGGUCGCAUUAGCAUUGAAAAUAAUUACAGGGAGGUAACCAUUCCCGUGGCGGGAGUUAAACAUGCCAUGUCUAUAGAUUUCGACAUUGAAACCCAACGAGUUUAUUGGAGUGACAACAAACUGAGGGUCAUUAUGAGCGCUUUUGUUAACGGUUCAGAUCCGCAGAAGGUGAUCGAAUUGGGAUUAACCUCCCCCGAAGGUGUUGCGGUCGACUGGAUUGCGAAAAACAUCUAUUGGGCCGAUUCCGUCUUGCAUCACAUUGAAGUUUCAAAAUACGACGGUUCCAGUCGCCGCACCCUUAUAUGGAGAGACAUCGACGAACCGCACAGUAUUGUCCUGAAUCCCGAAGAAGGGUAUAUGUACUGGUCAGAGUGGGGUCACUCGAAUUGCAUUAAACGCGCGACAUUAGACGGUUCCAAUCGAAAGACCAUAAUUAUCAACACGAAGCAUGCGUCCGGAUUAACCUUGGAUUACGAACGAAAGCGACUCUACUGGGCAGAAACGGCGACCUCUUCGAUUUUAUCAUCUGACUUAAAUGGUUUCGAUAAGCAAGUUAGUCUGAAGGAUGGCAUUCGAAAACCGGCCGGUUUGACUAUUUACCAAAACAUGGUGUACUGGGGCGAUGAAAAUACAGGGGAAAUAUUUUUUGCGGAAAAAUCCAACCUGACCAAUUAUACGGCGAUAUAUACCAUGCACGAAAACAUAACUGAUUUGGUGAUUUUCCAUGAGUCGAAACAGAGAGGCUCGAACCGAUGCAUUCAUAACGGAGGGUGUUCCCACUUAUGUCUCUACCAGCCACCGGAAACGCUAAGCGGUCCUACUGUCACCUGUGCUUGUCCGACUCAUUAUUUUUUACAAAACAGCACCUGUGUCCCACCGAAGCAAUUUAUGAUUUACAGCCAAAGAAAUUUGGCAGUCAGACUUGUACCCGAUACCUCAGAUUCGCCAGAGGCCGUAUUGUCAAUUCAAGGUCUAAAAGGAGUUAAAGGCAUUGACUUUGAUCCAGUUCACCAUUACUUAUAUUGGAUUGAAGGGAAGACUCACGCAAUUAAACGGGCAUCAGAAUCCGGACUGUCUACCAGUAUAAUUGUGCCAGGUAACCAAGGUCAUAAUCCGUUCGACAUUGCCGUAGACGUGCUGGGACGCCUGUUAUUUUGGUCGUGCGCCUCUCAGGAUGUAAUUAACAUAACUCGUUUAGACAACAGCUCCACGGUCGGCGUCAUCAUUCAGAAGGAGGGUGAAAAACCGCGACUUCUAGCCAUUCAUCCCACCAAACGGUUAAUUUUCUACACCGACGUCGGCAAUGCGCCACAAUUAAUUAGAACACGUCUGGACGGUACUCAACGGAUAGUUAUCACGCGUGGUAAUGAUAUUGCUGCAAUUGCAAUCGAUGCCGAAAAUGACAUGGUGGUAUGGGCGCAAGGGCAUAGCAUCUACAUGUGCAAUAUUGAUGGCGAUAAUCAACACGUUGUUUUCAAUGAAAGCAACUCGCGGGUUACUCAGCUUGCCAUUCAUACCGGUUGGUUAUAUUGGUUGGAUCGUGAAAUUCAGCAGCUUCAAAGGUUGGAACUGAAAACUGGAAGCUCAAGAUCGGUGGUACUAACUCACGCGGCAGCUGUCCUCGACUUGGUCUCGGUGAAACAACCGGAUCGCAAUCACACUUGCAUGCACCUGCGCUGCUCACAUUUGUGUAUAAUAAACGGAACCAGUCCAGUGUGCGCGUGUCCCAUCGGUUUAGCGUUGCAAGAUGAUAAAAAGACCUGCGCCGCCUUGCCUGAUUGUGGUAGUGAUCAUUUCACGUGUAUGACACAGAGUAAUCAUAACAAGGACUGCAUUCCUGUGGCGUGGAGGUGUGAUGGACAAGCGGAUUGCCCGGAUGGUUCAGAUGAGGUGGGCUGUCCCGCUUGCAGAGUCGAUCAAUUUAAAUGCCAGAGUGGACAGUGCAUCGAUCAGAGUCAGGUGUGUGAUGGCGUUCCACAAUGUUCGGAUCACUUCGAUGAAGUUCAUUGCUGUAAAUCAAACGAGUACAGAUGUCCGUUAACGGAUGUGUGUAUAUCUUUGUCACUCUUAUGUGAUGGUAUGGAUAAUUGUGCUGAUGGGGCGGAUGAAGACCGCUCUCACUGUGUGGAUCAAAACAAAUAUAUGGCGUCAUACAAAAGUGGGACUAGCACUUUAAUCGUCGUCAUUUUUAUAAUUAUUUCAGCAGUAGUAGGAUUUUCAGUGCUGUUUCUUGUCAUAAGAAAACGAUUAAAUGGCAACAAUGCAGUUUUACAUGAUCAAUCCGAAGACCCCCUCAGUCCCAUGCAGCCACGAGCACGAAUCAAGGUGCAUAGUAAAAUACCCGAUGUCGUCCACAUGUCGAUGCUAAGCGGCAGUCACAGCUCCAGUUACGACCGAAACCAUAUCACCGGGGCCUCGAGCAGUACAAACAGUUCAAGCAGAAUGUGUUAUCCACGCGAAACCUUGAACCCACCUCCGAGCCCGGCGACUACGGCAGCUUCAACGCGAGGGAGUAGUCCUACGACACGCUAUCGACCGUACCGACAUUACCGAUCGAUCAAUCAGCCCCCGCCACCCACACCGUGCUCGACCGACGUGUGCGAUGAAAGCGAUUACAAUUAUCCCACGCGUUGUCGAUACGAAGGAGGGCCCAUACCUCCGCCACCCACGCCUAGAUCUCAUUGUCAUAGUGAAAGUUGUCCUCCAUCUCCCAGUUCUCGUUCAUCUACAUAUUUUAGCCCACUUCCACCACCACCUUCACCUGUACCUUCUCCUGUUAAUUGAAAGAUAUUUUUAUAAAUACCAUAUGUGCCUUAACUUAAGGCUGUUGUUGUAAAUACCGUAUACAUUACGUGUAAGGUAUAAUUAUUUUUAUUAAACUUUACCUACAAGCG